AUGGCUCGCCACGGGGAUACUCGCUCACCAUCACCUGUAGGCAGCACAUAUUCUUCUUCCCGACGCAGUCGCAGAGAUGAUGAUCGCUACGAGAGGAGUAGACGGGAUGAUGGCAGGAGCUAUCGGAGAUCCCGCAGUCCUGAGAGACGCCACCGUGACCAUAAUCGAGACCGUGAAGCGUACCGGAAACGUGACCGUUCGUUAGACAGACGCGACGAUGAUAGCAGUUACCGCCCGGGUCGACGCGAUCGCUCGCGUGACCGACGUCGGUCGAAAGACAGAGAUGACGAUCGGGGAUUCCGUCGACGAAGCCGCGAUAGGGAUUAUCGGAGCAGGCGAGAUGACUCCCGCGAUAGGGCUCGCAGACGGAGAGACGAUUCUGCUGACUUGAAGCACAAGUCUAGGCGGGACGACAGCCGGGAUCGUGCUCGAGAUUCGAAAUCUCGCGAGCCGUCGAAACCAUCCACACCCGCGGCCCCCGCUGGUCCUACAGAUGAGGAGAAGAGAGCCGAACGAUUAGCUAAACUAGAAGCCUGGAAGCAAAAACAAGCCGCCGAGAAGGAGCGCAAACAACGGGAAGCAGCUGCGUCGGGACCGAAGAACAUUCUGGAGGAAAUUGAUCGGAAAUCCGGUGUAGCUCCGGCUACUGGUUCUCCCCAGCCCACUGCGUCGCCCGCCGGCGAUUCUCCAUCCACUGGCUAUGCUGGAAAGUUUGAUCCUAAGGCGAUUGCGAAAAAUGCUGCGCCUUCUCCGGCGCCAGCCACUUCCUCCGUGCUGGGUACCGAUGUUACUGUACCGCCCACCGCCAAAGCGUCCGCAAAUUCUACCCCCACCAAUGUUAAAGUACAAGCAAACAAGCCCAUCACCACCAGCAAACCCGCAUCUAUCUUGAAAGGGAAAGCCAACGUUGGUGGAUUUGGUUUAGGCUUAGGCGCCAAACAAACUGGUGACAACGAAAAGUCAUCUACAACCAAAACCUUGGGUUUCGGUGAAGAGGAGUCCUCGCGGAGAAAAUUGGAGAAAUUACCAACCCCUCCGUUAGAGGAAUCCACCGAUGCCGAUAAACCUGCCGAAGUGGUUGCAGACGAGGACGACGAUGUCGACAUGCAAGACGGCGGAACUGAGGAGGAGAAUGCCGCUGCGGCGCGGGCUGCCGCCGAGAGGCGGGAAGAGCGGCUGCAGAACGAAUCUCGCGCGUCACAGUCGAACAGCGAGACACCCCAUACCAACGGUGUCGAAGCGAAUGGUGAGACGAACCAGCAAGCGGAUCAGAUGGAUGUUGAUGUACAAGAGGAAGACGAUGUUGAUCCUUUGGAUGCUUUCAUGUCCGAAUUGGCGGAUUCCGCUCCCCCAAAGAAAGCUACUGGUGCCAAGUUUUCCAAGGCCAAGGAACAACAGCCAGAAGCCCUCUUUGGUGACGAGCACGAUGUGGGUCUAACUGCCGUCGGCGAUGGCGAUGCCGACGAUUUCCUCGCCAUUGCCAACAAGGCGAAAAAGAAGAAGGAUAUCCCCACAGUCGACCACAAGAAGAUGGACUAUGAGCCCAUCCGAAAGAAGUUCUACACCGAACCCAGCGAUGUUGCUGAAAUGUCUGAAGAGGAAGUCGCCAACUUGCGCUUGGAACUGGAAGGGAUCAAAGUCCGAGGCUUGGAUGUACCGAAACCGGUGCAAAAAUGGUCCCAGUGUGGGUUGGGGGUGCAGACUCAGGAUGUGGUCGACCGACUAGGCUAUGAGAAUCCCACGGCGAUUCAGUCACAGGCGAUUCCCGCAAUCAUGUCUGGACGGGAUGUGAUCGGUGUUGCCAAGACUGGGUCUGGUAAGACGGUUGCAUUUUUGAUCCCCAUGUUCCGGCAUAUCAAAGAUCAGAGACCGCUGGACAAUAUGGAAGGCCCCAUCGGUCUAAUUAUGACGCCGACCCGAGAGUUAGCCACCCAGAUCCACAAGGACUGUAAACCCUUUUUGAAGGCGCUGGGUUUGCGAGCUGUCUGCGCGUAUGGCGGUGCCCCAAUCAAGGAUCAGAUUGCCGACCUCAAGCGUGGGGCGGAGAUUGUCGUCUGUACUCCGGGUCGGAUGAUCGAUCUCUUAGCAGCCAACACGGGCCGAGUCACCAAUCUGCGGCGUGUCACCUAUAUGGUCCUGGAUGAAGCUGACCGGAUGUUUGACAUGGGGUUCGAACCCCAGGUUAUGAAGAUCUUGGCAAACGUCCGUCCCGACCGGCAAACGGUGCUUUUCUCGGCCACUUUCCCGCGCAACAUGGAAGCGUUGGCGCGUAAGACGCUGACCAAGCCCGUGGAGAUUGUGGUCGGUGGUCGGAGUGUCGUUGCACCCGAAAUCACGCAGAUUGUGGAGGUGCGAAACGAUGACCAAAAGUUUGUGCGACUCUUGGAGUUGCUGGGCAAUCUGUACUCAACGGACGAGAAUGAAGACGCACGGACCCUGAUCUUUGUGGACCGUCAAGAAGCUGCCGAUACGCUUUUGAAGGAAUUGAUGCGGAAGGGCUAUCCCUGCAUGUCCAUCCACGGUGGCAAAGAUCAGAUCGACCGUGAUUCCACCAUCGAAGAUUACAAGGCGGGUAUCUUCCCCGUCUUGAUCGCCACAUCGGUCGCUGCACGCGGUCUGGAUGUCAAGCAACUGAAGUUGGUGGUGAACUACGACGCACCGAACCAUCUCGAAGACUAUGUCCACCGAGCGGGUCGAACCGGGCGGGCAGGAAACACCGGAACGGCCGUCACCUUUGUGACGGACACGCAGGAGCGGUACGCGGUAGAUAUCGCCAAGGCAUUGAAGCAGAGUGGCCAGCAAGUGCCGGAGCCAAUCCAGAAGCUGGUCGACGCGUUCCUGCAGAAGGUGAAAGACGGGAAGGAGAAAGCCAGCGCGUCAGGGUUCGGUGGUAAAGGCCUGGAGCGACUGGACCAGGAGCGCGAAAGUGCUCGGAUGCGGGAGCGUAAGACCUACAAGACCGGUGAAGAGGGCGAGGAUGAAGAGGAGAAAGAAGACAAGAAGGAUGAGAAGGCCGAAGAGAAGUUCAACAAGGUCGUGUCCGGCAUCCAAGCAGCCUCGACGCCAGCGCCAACGGGUAUUCCCAAGGGCAUUGACCUUGAUGGCAAGAUCACCGUGCACCGGACCGAAAAGGAUCCUGCCAAUGGAUCGAAGAACCCACUGGACAAGGUGGGAUCGGCCGUGGCGGAUAUCCAUGCGCGCCUGAGCCGCGCAGGUGUGAUGAGAUCCGGGGUACCGAUCGACAACCGCGGACCAGACGCGGGGGCGUUCCACGCUACAAUGGAAAUCAACGACUUUCCCCAGAAAGCACGCUGGGCCGUCACCAACCGAACCAACGUUGCCAAGAUCCUGGAAGCGACGGGGACGUCGAUCACGACCAAGGGUAGUUUCUACGCGACAGGCAAGGAACCGGGACCGAACGAGAACCCCAAGCUGUACAUUCUGGUCGAAGGCGAGACGGAGCUGUCGGUGACGGAUGCGAUGCGCGAGUUGAUGCGCUUGCUGAAGGAGGGGACGAUCGCGGCGGCGGAUAGCGAGUCGCGGGCGCCGGUGGGUGGACGAUACAACGUUGUUUAG